CAGGGUCAGGCAGGCCAAUGAGAUGUAUACUUAAAAACACACACACACACGGGCUGUCUUGUAAGGCCAGCUGAGAGGAGCGACAGGCGAGUGCCGUCGUUGCUAGUAGACAAGGAAGCAGAACAUCCAGUAUGGCUGGAAGGAGACGAGGCCGAGGCAGCAACGCCCAGCAACAACAGGCCCCAUGGAACCAAAGAGGAGGCCCUCGUAGAGCUCUGCGGGAGCCAGCUGCUUUUGCCAAGUCUACAGGUUGCGAAUCAGAGAUCCCCAAUGAAAAGCUGACCAUUGCCCAAGCACGGAGGGGUACACCAGCUCAUCGUCCGGUACGAGUCUAUGCUGAUGGGAUCUUUGAUCUUUUCCAUUCGGGGCAUGCUCGAGCUCUGAUGCAGGCCAAAAAUGUGUUUCCCAACACGUACCUGAUUGUAGGAGUCUGCAGUGACGAACUCACCCACAAGUUUAAGGGCUACACGGUGAUGACAGAGGAUGAACGCUACGACUCCCUGAGGCACUGCCGCUAUGUUGACGAGGUGGUGCGAGAUGCUCCCUGGACCCUUACCACAGAGUUCCUCAAGAAACACAAGAUUGACUUUGUGGCCCAUGAUGAUAUCCCGUACACCUCUGCUGGAUCAGAGGAUGUUUAUAAGCACAUCAAGGAAGCAGGAAUGUUUGUUGCCACUGAGAGGACAGAAGGCAUCUCCACAUCUGAUCUGAUCACUCGUAUUGUCCGAGACUAUGACAUCUAUGUUCGACGCAACCUGCAGAGAGGCUACACGGCCCGAGAACUGAAUGUUGGAUUCAUUAAUGACAAGAAAUACCGACUCCAGAACCAGGUGGACAAGAUGAAAGAGACGGUCCGUACGGUGGAGGAAAAGUCCAAACACUUUGUUUACAGAGUGGAAGAGAAGAGCCAAGACCUCAUCCACAAGUGGGAAGAGAAGUCCCGAGAAUUCAUUGGCAACUUCCUGGAGCUUUUUGGACCCGAUGGAGCCUGGCAUGUGAUCCAGGAGCGGAGUGGCCGUAUGCUCCAGGCCCUGUCACCUUACUCCUCACCCCGUGGCUCCCCUAGCAGCAGCCCCACCAGAAGACGCUCAGUUUCUCCUGACUCCUCCCCCUCCUCCCCAUCCCCCUCCUCUCACUCCCCUCCUUCCUCUCCAUCCUCUCCCUCCUCACCUGAAACGGAGACACACUCCUCUCUAAAAGCUGCCUCCACAUACAGCAGACAUGUACAAUGAGUUCAUCAUGCUUUGGUAAUCUUUAUUGGUCUUACAGGCUAUUAAUCUGGGCUCAUUAAUCUGGUGGGCUACAUAAUAUGUCUAAGUAAGGGUGUCACCUUGUGUUGAAAAAUGGUGGGGACAUAAGGGCUGAGAUAAGGGGUAUGAUGAUACACUUGGGUCAUGAGACGUAACGAUGAACGAGAACAAGACAAGAAGACUUUGAACACUAUUUUGAAGAAAUAAAAUAUGAGAGCGAGGUCUGGGGGUCCUCUGCCCCCUAGAAAAUUGGAGCAUUAAACACUCUGGAGAUAUUUUCUGCUCCAAUUUACAGUGAAAAUGUCUUUACAUUUCUUGGUGCAAGCUAUUUUUCAGAACAUUUUUAACAAAUGCUUUCAAAAAGUGAUGGGGACAAAAUCAGGCAUUUCAAAAUGUGGUGGGGACAUGACCCCAUAUGCUAACUAUGCUAUGGAUUAAACAAAAAAAGGAAGUAAUUUAUUACUGGUUUAUUCACCUGCAAGUGCAAUAUAUCAUAAUAUACACAAUGUUUCUUCACUGCAAAUAAAAUAAAAAGAACAUUAACAUUUU